AUAUUUAUUGUUUAGAUGUAGAUCAGCCAGAGGAAACAUUAUGAUAAAAAUGUUGGUUCCAGUGCUGUUUAUACUCUUUCGGAGCAUCUCAUGACUCCAAUGAGGAGGAGGCGCGUCCCUGCAGAGCAGCAUCUUUCUGGGAUUAUUGGCCAGUCUAAAGCCAAAAUCAUCCGUCUCAGACUGAAAAAUGUCUAACAUACAAGUAGCUGUUGCAACAGUUGGCCCUUUAGGAGACAAUCCAGUUCAGAUUGCCUGCCCAAAGUGCCACCAGACAGUCCUCUCCAAGGUGGAAUAUUCCUCUGGAUUACUCACCUACCUUUUCUGUGGAGGACUCUUUCUCUGCGGUUUUGUUUUAGGUUGCUGCCUCAUCCCGUUCUGUGUGGACCGUCUGAAAGAUGCCAAGCACACCUGCCCAACCUGCAAGACUAUCCUGGGAGUGUAUAAACGCCUAUAACCAAAUCUGCAGCUAUAAGCUGUCGGAUAGGUUAAAUGCAACCUGAUCUGAAAAAAAUAAAAAAUAUUCUUUAAUUAAAUAAGAAUUGUAGUCAUUUCUAAAUUCCUAUUCCUUGCAAUGAAUGAGGGUGUACUAAAUGUGUGCAGCAGUUUCACCACUAGAUGUCAUCUGAGCCCAAAAAAUUGAGUUGUACCUGUUCAUAGAGACAUUUAAAAAAAUGUUUGAUUAAACUGAAGAAAUUAAACAAUGAUAUUAAUAUAUCUUUUCAAUCUUUUGAGAACAAGUAAACUGGGCAAAAUAAAUGCUUUUCAAAUA